UUCAUUUAAUAUAUUUUCUAUUUUAAAAUUCAUGAAAAAUUUAGUUAUCAUUAUUGCAUCGAUUCAGAUAUAUCGAGACAUAUAAAAUUUAAUUACAAGAAAGAAAACUGCAUAUUAAUAGCAUAUUUCCAUCAUCAUAAUCAUUAUUAUAAUCAUCUGUUCCAAGAUUUUGUAAAAUGGCUCAAAGUGCUGCUCUAUUGACACGCAUACUGGCAACCUCUGUGUCCGCCACUGUACAAGCUGGUAAAAUAAUUCGAGAUGUUUUGAAUAAAGGAGGAUUAAACAUAGUAGAGAAGGGCAAAAAUGAUUUGCAAACAGAGGCGGAUCGUUGCGCUCAACGAUGCAUCAUAACUUCAUUGAGUAAUCAAUUUCCAAAUAUAACAAUAAUUGGAGAAGAAGAGCCAUCCACUUGCGAGGUACCAUCUGAAUGGAUCAUCACAGAAGCGGAUCAAGAGGUAUUGCAAGUGAAGCUACCAUCCCACCUGGAAGAUGUUAAUCCCAAGGAUGUCUGUGUUUGGGUGGACCCUCUAGAUGGUACAGCGGAGUAUACGCAAGGACUGGUAGAACACGUGACAGUAUUGGUUGGUGUGGCGAUUGGCAAGAGGGCGAUUGGAGGCGUGAUACAUCAGCCGUAUUAUAAGAAUGACGAAAACAGCACAUAUAUCGAAAAUGGUCGUACAUUGUGGGGUAUCGAUGGUGUUGGAUUUGGAGGAUUCGUGCCGAAACUACCUCCGGAAGGGAAGAGAAUAAUCACGACCACUCGCUCACAUUCCGACAGCAUUGUCCAGAGUGCCAUAAAGUCCUUAAAUCCUGACGAAGUGGCACGCGUAGGCGGCGCCGGACACAAGAUAAUUCUCCUGUUGGAGGGAAAAGCACACGCAUAUGUGUUUGCCAGUCGCGGGUGCAAAAGAUGGGACACCUGCGCCCCUGAAGCUGUUCUUUAUGCGAUCGGUGGUGUUUUAACCGAUCUUCAUGGUGAACGUUAUUCAUAUAAUCGGGAAACGACGUAUGCAAACACGAGAGGCGUACUGGCCACCGCGCCUGGCCAGUCGCAUCAGUGGUACUUGAGUCGUAUACCUGAUGAAGUAAAGCAAAAGUUACAAUAGGUAAUAUCGUGGCAUAGAUCGAUGUGUUUUUUAUCUAUUUCUUUGCCGGAUAUUCGGAUAUUUCUCACGUUUAACGAUAUUUGCAUUUACGCAUCGGGAGUUGUUUUGAUAAUUAUCUCGGGUGAACGCAAUACAAAAACAUUCCCGUAAUGACUUUAUAUUCUUCGGUGUUCUGAUGUAAGGAAGAAAGUACAAAAAUAACUUCAUGUAAUGUUAUAUAAUAAAAGAA